UUUUAUAUUGAAAUGCAUUUUUAUAGAAAAAUUUUGUUUUCUAAAAUAUAAGAAUUAAUCAUGGCUGAUCGCAAAGCUGAGCUUGAAAACAAAAGAAAAAGAUUAGAAGAAAUGAGAAGAAUUAAAGAAGAGAGAAACAAAAAGACUGGCGUCAGUCCAAGUCGAGCUGCAAAAAAAGUUGAUGGAAGCUCUGCAUUUAGUGAUUCUGGGAGCUCAACAAAUGAAAUAGAUAGCAUAUUUAAAGAAUUAGACUUGCCUUCGUCAAGUUCUAUAGAGUUAACUCAAGCAAGACUCGAAACUUGUUCAAUUGAUUCAGGAAGUCAACAAAGCUCUCCACCUCCUGCUCGCAAGUCUGUGGUCCUAUCAAUUAGUCAUCGUGAACCAAUCAGUUUUGCACCAAAGGAAUUGGUACGCUACACAAAAGAAACACAGACAGUUGUUACUAAAGAAGAAAGUCCUGAACCAGAAGUUGUUAAAGUAGAAGUUGUUAAAAAAGAGGUAUUACAAGAAGAAAAAGAAAAAAAAAAGGAAGAAGUUCCAAAAAUGGUUGAACUUUCAGAAGAAGUUAAAAGCCAAAUAAUGAAUUCACAAGAUUUUUUGCAUUUCUUUGAUCAUGCUGCUCGGAUUAUUGAAAAAGCAAUCAGUGAAGAUGAUUAUGUAUUUGAUUAUGGUGCUGUUAAAGAUGAAGGUGAAAGUGAGUCUGUCGCUUCUAAGAAACUUGCACUUAACCGUCAAUUUUUUGAUGAGCGUUGGUCAAAGCAUCGAUGUGUUACCUGCAUGGACUGGUCUCAACUGCACCCUGAGUUAUUAGUUGCCUCAUAUAACCAAAAUGAACUUUCUCCGCAAGAUCCAGAUGGUGUUGCUUUAAUAUGGAACAUGAAGUAUCACAAGCAAACUCCAGAAUACAUAUUUCACAAUCAGUCAGCAAUUAUGUCUGUAUGUUUUGCUCAAUUUCAUCCAAAUCUUCUUGUUGGUGGUUCUUACUCUGGUCAAAUUGUGUUGUGGGACAACAGAAGUCGCAAAAGAGCACCAGUGCAAAAAACUCCUCUUUCAGCUGCUGCUCAUACUCACCCUGUUUAUUGUGUAGAGGUAGUUGGAACUCUUAAUGCGCACAACUUGAUUACUUUUUCAACCGAUGGCAAGAUGUGCUCAUGGAGUUUAGACAUGUUGUCCCAACCUCAGGAAGUGAUGGAUCUUCAACAUACACAUACAAAACCUGUAUCUGUCACAAGUGCUUCGUUUCAACCAGGUGAUGUUAAUAAUUUUGUUGUUGGGAGUGAAGAUGGUUCUAUUUAUUCAGCCCAACGGCAUGGCAGCAAAGCUGGUAUUGUAGAACAAUUUGAUGGUCACCAUGGACCAGUUACAUCAAUUGAUUAUAAUGCUGUUCCUGGACCAAUAGAUUUCUCACAUCUUUUCCUGACCAGUUCUUUUGAUUGGACAAUUCGUUUGUGGAGUAACAAGAGUACAAAGGUCUUGUAUUCCUUUGAAGACAACGGUGAUUACGUUUUGGACACUCAAUGGUCACCAAUUAAUCCUGCUCUUUUUGCUGCUGUUGAUGGUAUGGGAAGGCUAGAUCUGUGGAACCUUAACAACGAUACAGAGGUUCCUACUUCAAGUAUAACUAUAGCAUCUAAUUCCGCAAUUAACCGUGUCAAAUGGAGUGGCUCUGGACUUCAAUUAGCUGCUGGUGAUGAUGAGGGUCAUAUAUAUGUUUAUGACGUUGGAGAGCAACUUGCUGUUCCACGAUCUGACGAGUGGGCUCGAUUUGCAAACACUCUUCAAGAUAUUCAAGCUAACAAUCAAGCAAUAACUGAUAUUGAUAGGCCUCUUUCUCCGACUAAUAAUUUAGCAGCAAAUUUAAUUUCCCCUCCAAGAAUGUAAAGUACGUUACACUGUAUAUUUGUUUGCAGAAGUCUGUUUUCAUUUGCUGUUUGUAGAGAAAAGUUUCAAAAUGAUGAUAAGAAAUAGUAAAAAAGUAUUUGUAAAGAUGCAACAUGCAACAUUCAUUUGUUAUAAAUAUGACAAUUAAUUACUCGCAGGUUUUUGAAAUGAUGUGUUAAAUGGGUAUAUUGCAUGAUUUUUUUUAAAUUA